CCCAUCUUCCGCCUUAUGCAAAAAUCACAGUCACUUACAGCUCCAACAAUGCAAGGCCACCAAAACAAAGCGAUCUCAUCAUCAUCCCUCUCAUGCAUACACUUUACUUUGUGCAUCUUUCUCCCACUCCUAGUGACCGGAACCAGCGGUUCAAAGGUUCCGGCGGUCAUCGUGUUCGGUGACUCGUCGGUGGACGCUGGGAACAAUAACUUCAUUCCCACGGUGGCCCGGAGCAACUUCGAGCCUUAUGGGAGGGACUUUCAGGGUGGGAAGGCUACAGGGAGGUUCAGCAAUGGAAGGAUACCCACUGACUUCAUCUCUGAGGCUGUCGGACUGAAGCCAUACAUUCCGGCGUACUUGGAUCCAAAGUAUAACAUUUCCGAUUUCGCCACCGGGGUCACCUUCGCUUCUGCCGCUACUGGUUACGACAACGCCACUUCCGAUGUUUUGUCGGUGAUACCACUAUGGAGGCAAAUGGAGUAUUACAAAGAUUACCAAAACAAGCUAAGAGGGCAUGUUGGAGAAAGCAGGGCAAACCAGACCAUAAGUGAAGCAUUACACAUGAUGAGUCUGGGAACAAACGACUUCCUGGAGAAUUACUACACCAUUCCCGGCCGGUCGUCGGAGUACACUCCUCAGCAAUACGAGAAUUUCCUCGCCGGCAUCGCCGAGAACUUCAUCAGGAAACUCUACGGUCUGGGUGCCCGGAGGAUCUCCCUAGGAGGCCUCCCUCCAAUGGGCUGCCUGCCAUUAGAGAGAACCACAAACAUCGUUGGUGGUAAUGAAUGUGUUCCCAGUUACAACGCCAUAGCCCUGGAGUUCAACAAUAAGCUCAAGAGAUUGACCAUGAAGCUGAACAAGGAGCUACCUGGGAUCAGACUCGCGUUUUCUAAUCCAUAUUUCAUUUUACAGCGCAUCAUAACAAAACCUGCCCAGUAUGGGUUUCAAUCGACCUCAGUGGCGUGUUGUGCAACAGGAAUGUUCGAGAUGGGGUAUGCCUGCAGGAGAGGGGAGAUGUUCACUUGUUCAGAUGCUUCCAAAUACGUUUUCUGGGAUUCUUUUCAUCCGACUGAGAAAACCAACGGCAUUGUUGCCAAUUAUGUGGUCAAGAAUGUUUUAACUGAAUUCCUAUGAAAACAAUAUAAUUAAAUCCCUAAACUACAUUGUUGAAUUUCAAUGUCCUGUACUACUUCCUAUUUAUUUCUGUCGAAUCUUUAUAUAUAAGUAUAUCAAAUUUAGAAGUGGUGGAAUAAAGUUUAGUAUAGGAUAAGGAUAUCUAAGAGUGGGGUGUGUCUAUUUUGUUUUAGCGUAAUUUGUGUAAGGUAGUGUUGGGCAGAUUCGAAUUCUAGUUUUGUGAAUUGUGAUGUGUUCUGAGGUUGGGCUAUAUAAAUCCAAGGAAGAUUUUGUCAUUAUUAUGUCUCUGACUGAAGUAAAUUGUAUGAUUUAGCUGUCUAAUAUUAAAUAUUACUGGAUUUAUCGGGUUAUUAUCUAAAUAACUU